GUUUGGCAGCCAUGUUGUAACGAAGUGAUCAUGCAUGCGACGAAGUUUCUACUGACUUUCUCGGUGAUUUGCGUGAGAACAUAGCCUUCCUUCCAACCAGUAACUCUACAGAAGGCUUUGAAUACGUUACAUGGUUACCAGAAUACGUUAGGCCGUGAUUUUAACUCUUCCUUUUUUGCAAGACGAGAUUUUUUUGACCGCGAAAUUAUGAUGGCUGCCCCCCUCCCCAAGAAAGAGCUGGACGAACUGAAACCGUAUAUCGACAAGACGGUACAGAAUGUUUUAGGGAUCUCUGAGCCGACGUUGACCAUGGCCGCCAUCAACUGUCUGGCGCGAGGACUGGACAGAGAUAGGAUGAAAGACCAGCUGCGUCCAUUCCUGGAGGACAGCACAGAGACGUUCGUGGACCGACUCCUGAGCGCAGUGGACGAGGUGCGGUCAGCCCGACAUGGCAGAGAGAAGGACACACGCAACCGCAAGAGGAAUCUAAGGGAGGUAUUUGCUGACGAGGAUACAGAUGAUGUGGCAGCAUCCAAGAAGUCGAAGAAGCCUCCAGCAUUUGAUGAUGAUGAUGUAAUACCUGCCGCCUCAGCAGAAAGUCCGGGCAUGCUCACUAAACAACAGAUCCAGCAAAUGAUGGAGAAUGCCACCAAACAGAUUGAAGAAAGGAAGAAGCAAAUGAAAAUCAUGGGUGUGGGCUCGGCCACUUCUGGCUCUACCAACACGACAUCGGGCAGCGUACCCAGUGUGCCGUCAAACCUGCUUCUCAACGCGCCCACAGCCACUAACUACAUGAACGAUGCCAUCGAGAAAGCCAAGCGUGCCGCGGAGCUGCAAGCCAAGAUCCAGGCACAGCUGGCCAACAAGCCUGGGCUGCUGGGGACCAUGAAACAAAGCUCAGGCCUGCCACUAGCUGACAAACCAGACAAGGUGCAGCUGGUGGAGGGGCGCAUCGUGGACGCUUCCGGAAGGGAGGUGCAGUUAGUGCAGCGGACACCGACACUGAAGGCCAACAUCCGUGCUAAGAGGCGGGAAGAGUUUAAGCUGGUACAGGACAGGGCGGCAGAACUGGAUGAAUCCAGCCCCUUCUUUGACGACAGAGUCGCCCUGAAGCCUGCCGUAAGACAGAGAAGACCGUUCAAGUUUCACGACCCAGGCAAAUUUGAGGCAAUCGCACAAAGAGUGCGAGCAAAGUCCCAGCUAGAAAAGCUGCAGGCUGAGAUCGCGCAGGCGGCUAAGAAGACGGGAAUCCAGUCCGCCGCCAAACUGGCGCUCAUCACGCCGAAGAAGGACGACACAGAAGAGCAGGAGGUUCCCGACGUGGAGUGGUGGGAUUCCUGCAUCCUGCGGGCAGAGUCGUACGAUGACAUGGAUGCAGGGGUGGACGAGAAGGGGAGUAAACAGGAACAAUUUGUAGGGGUGACCCACCUAGUGGAACAUCCCAUCGAGAUGAGGCCGCCCAGCGACCCCACCAAGGCUCGCGUCCUUCCCGUCUACCUGACCAAGAAGGAACGGAAGAAAAUCCGCAGACAGAACAGACGAGAGGUCCAGAAGGAAAUGCAGGAAAAGGUCCGCUUGGGUCUAGAGGCACCACCGGAACCAAAAGUUAAAAUCUCCAACCUGAUGAGAGUACUUGGCAGCGAGGCUGUUCAGGACCCUACCAAGGUGGAGGCCCACGUACGAGCGCAGAUGGCAAAAAGGCAGAAAGCCCACGAGGAAGCUAAUGCAGCCAGAAAACUGACCACUGAACAAAGGAAAGAAAAGAAAAUCAAGAGACUAAAAGAAGACACUUCACAGGGUGUUCAUGUUUCUGUUUACAGAGUACGAGACAUGAGAAAUCCAGCCAAGAAGUACAAGGUUGAGGCCAACGCUAACCAGCUGUACAUGACAGGGAUGGUAGUUAUGUACCAGGAUGUCAAUGUGGUGGUGGUAGAAGGAGGUCCCAAGGCCCAGAAGAAGUUCCGCAGACUGAUGAUGCACAGAAUAAAGUGGGAUGAUGACCAGCCAUCCAGAGAUGACGAUGAUGAUGAGUCGGAUGAAGAGGAGUCAAAGAAGAGGAAUAAGUGUUCUUUGGUGUGGGAGGGGACAGUGAAGAGUCAGAACUUCGGCCAGAUCCAGUUUAAGAUCUGUCCGACAGAGAGCUUGGCGCGGGAACAUUUCAGGAAGCACGGCGUGGAACACUACUGGAACCUCGCGCACAGCCAGUCCGUGUUAGAGGCCACAGAAGACGAUACCUUGUGAGAAUCGUGGACACAAGUCACAGCGAAACCUGUACCUUAUUCAGAACUAAACUGAAUUUCGAAGGUCAACCACAUACAAGCAGAUGUGAAAAAUGGGAAAAAAGCCAGGCAUUGUUAAUUCAUAGAAGUGCAAGGGGACAUGGUGGGCAUAUGGAGUAGCCCUGGUACCACCCCCAUUGUUGUGAUGUGAACCAUGAACCUACGCAUAUUUUUCUUAACUUCCUUAGCAGAGACUCAAUGCUGAUUUAUCUGCUCUUUGACAAAUAAAGAACCUGAUGAGAUUAGAAUUGGAAGAAUUAUCUUCCUGUCAGGGUUCUCUGAGGACUGACAUUAUAGUGUAUUCUUGGGGUUGAUUGGCUAUGAAGACAGAUAUGCUUGACUGACAUCCAAUAGGACAGGCUGUGUCAUUAUUGUAUGUAGCUGCUACUAAAGUAAGAAGGAAUGUUGUUAAGAGACACAGACUAGCAAUGGCUUAUCUCUGUAAGAAAACUGUUGUACAUCACCGUGCCAUCUGCUGUACAGGUUAACUGGACAGUUAAGAUAGCCUCAGGUCAUGUUGAUUUAAUUAUAUGGAUGACACCCUCUGGCAAAAUUGAGGCAAGCAUACAAAUAAAACAAGGUUGUAAAAUUAUGAAUUACAUGUGGUCAAAAAGAUAAAACAAAUGAUUAAACACGCAGAGUAUGGUAUACAGAAUUAUAGAACCUUAAAUGUUUUUUGCACUUCUUUGCUAAUGUUCUACGACAUCAGUAUUCCUUUUCCAUUAUUUUCUUGCUAUCUAUGGCAUAGAUUUGCUCAUUUUACAGCUGCUUUGUAUGAUUGUACUAUUGACAGUAUGGUCAAUAUCUCUUUUUGGAGUGAACAGACAAAAACUGAUGUGAUCAUGGAUGUCAUCCAUAUAUUUGAAUAAACAUGGCCUUGUAAACUAUCAAUGUAUACAUUUUGUACAGUGAACAAAUGAAGAAAACAAUGGAAAAGUAUUGUGCAGAUAUAGAGUGGACUGUAUUAUUUCAUUUUGGUCUCACAAUCUAGAUUUUAUAGAUGACAUCCUGAAAAACAUUUUAGGAUGUGCUCACACUUGUUUUAUGGCAACAUGUUAUCUCAAAGUGAAAUUGUUUUUUUAACCUUGGCAAAAUCAGUGCAUGUGUGGAUGUCACCCAUAAAGUUUGGUUUGUGUGAUAUGGCAUAGGAAAAAUUGUCUCUGUUUUCUUUCCUGAAAUGAAGUUGAACUGCAAUUUCCAACACAUGAAUUAGACUUGCCCAAAUCUUCAAUGGUCCAACCCCUAUAUGCAGAUAGCCACGUGACUUACAAG